AUGAUCGGACCGAACUUCAUCGACGAGAUAGACUGCGGGAGCUUCUUUGACACCAUCGACGACCUCCUCGACUUCCCGAACGACGACGUCGAGUCCGGACUGGGCCCCGCCUCUGACUGCAACGCUGCGUUUAACAACUCCCUCUGGCCCAACCAGUCCGGCUCGCUCCCGGCUCCCAACGAUGCCGUUUUCUCAGCCGGCAACUCCGCCUCUGACCUCUCCGCCGAGCUCUCCGUUCCGAUUGAAGACAUAGUUCAAUUGGAAUGGCUGUCGAACUUUGUUGAGGAUUCCUUCUCUGGUGGAAGCCUCACCAUCAACAAACCAGACUCCUUCAUCAACAAGGACACAUCCCACCACCAGUUCCAGACCUCCAGCCCAAUUUCUGUGCUUGAUAGCAGUAGCUCUUGCUCCGGUGACAAGAAUGUGCCGCAAAGUCCUGGACCGGUCGCUGCUCCCGGUAAGCGUGGACGUGCUCGCAGCAAGCGUCCACGCCCGGCCACCUUCAACCCUCGCUCCGCAAUUCAACUCAUUUCCCCCGCUUCCUCUGUUACUGAGGCAGAGGGCCCCCAGGCUCAGCCAUUCCUUGCCCCAAAGGUCCCUUCUGAUUCUGAGAAUUUUGCAGAGUCUCGUCCUGUGAUCAAGAUACCAAAACAAGCUUCUGGGGAGCAGAAGAAGAAGAAGAAGCUCAAGGUGUCGCUUCCCCUCGCUCCUUUGGAGGGGAAUCAAAAUUCGGGUCCUACACAGGCAGCAGUGAGAAAAUGCUUGCAUUGUGAGAUUACUAAGACACCCCAGUGGAGGGCAGGCCCAAUGGGACCUAAAACCCUAUGCAAUGCCUGUGGCGUCCGCUACAAGUCAGGCCGGCUCUUUCCUGAGUACCGGCCUGCUGCCAGUCCUACUUUUGUUCCAUCCUUGCACUCCAAUUCCCAUAAGAAGGUUCUUGAGAUGAGAACCAAGGGUGGCGAGUUGGUUGUUUUUGGAGAGACUGCAACAGCUAUGAACGAAACUCCCGAACUCAUUCCAAAUACUAACAGCAGCAUCUCCAUGGAUUACAUGUGA